CCCUACCCGACGCCCUACCCGACGCCCUACCCGACACCGUUUCCGACGCCCUACCCGACGCCCUACCCGACGUCUUUCCCGACGCCAUUUCCGACGCCCUACCCGACGGCGUUCCCGACGACUUUCCCGACGCCAUUUCCGACGCCCUUCCCGACGGCCUUCCCGACGCCGUUUCCGACAGCUUUCCCGACUCUCUUCCCAACCGGCUUCCCGACGCCGUUCCCGACGCCCAGCCCGACCCCCAGCCCAACGUAUCCUCCGGGCUGGCCGACGCCGCAUCCGACGUUUCUUCCUGGAGCUCCGAUGGCAGGUGGAGCGGGCGCAGCCGUGGCUGCCACUGGCGACCCCCACCUUCAGAACGUUCUCGGCCAGCGGUUCGACUUGAUGAAACCAGGAAGGCAUGUUCUGGGUCGGCGGAUUAACAUCCCCCGUGGAAGGCGUUCCAAUGCAAUGCUUCGCGUGGAGGCUGAGGCGCGGCAAGUUGGAGGGCAGUGCGCAGACAUGUAUUUCCACGAGCUGAACAUCACAGGUGCGUGGGUGGAGGCGAAGGGAACCGACGGUCUCCAUUUCCAAGCCGAGGGUGCGCGCGACGAGCAUCCGCAGUGGUUAAAGUUUGGGGGCGUAGAACUCAAAGUCGCCCAUGGGCGCACUGAGAAGGGCACCUUGUACUUGAAUUUCUACGUCAAGCACCUUGGGCGCGGUGGGUUUGCCGUCGGAGGGUUGCUAGGAGAGGAUGACCACACCGAGGCAUCCAUGCCUUCGAAGGCAUGCGUUCACCGCGCUGCCCUUUGGGAGACUGCGACUCCGAGUUACAACGGUGCAGGCGUCUUCUCGAUUGCAGAGGCAACCUUCUAAUGUUGACAUGCGUGCGGGGUGAGGGCAAUGCGGACCGUUUGCGCAAACGGUGUUUCUGUUUCUACCAUGAGAAAAAUGUGCUGCAUGCGGCGUCAUAGAUCAUCGCAGGCGUCGUCACGACACGAAUCUUCCCCGUAUACUGGCUUCGUGGGGGAGGUCGCCGCGCUGUCUCGCGACUGCUUUUGCGCAGGGCUUGCCCAUGCAUGCCGCUCAAAUGGGCCGGAGUCGAGGGUGUCAGCGGAUCUCGGGAGCCUUGAGACGGGGGUCAAUGCAGACGGGGGUCAGCCAGAGCGCCGGAUCCUGCAGGAUCAUGCGAAGACCCCCUCUGGCUGACCCGGGUUAGCGAGCCGCUCGUGGCCGCGAACUCUAAAGUGAGUUGGGAUACAGGCGAGAGGUAACACUGCGGUAAUUCACCGUUUGAGGUCCACGCUAGUAAAUAUGACUUGUCCAUGUGAUGGCAAACCGCUCCAGUGCAUCGUCGUCACAUACUGUCUUCAUAUUAAUUUCGUGCCGCGAGAGAUGGGCGCGCGCCACCGCUGCAGAACACAACUUCGCAUAGCACGACAUUCCAAUCACCAUUGUAAUUUCGGCAGCCCUUUGGGAAAAGGUCGCGCACUUUUGCUUGUCAUCCUUCUUCCAA